UCAAGACUUUCAAAUUCAAGAUGCGAAAAGACUUCGUCGGGACAGUACUAGUUCAUGGUGAUGUUUCUUGGUCAACAAUAAGUAAGUAAUAGUUGCCUCAACUUGUUCCAGCUGUUCAGAGUUACUAGUGAUUUCUGCGUUUGAUUAGAGAGCAGUUGCCACCAUGGAUCGAUCGGCUUCGGUGACAAAGGAAUAUUCGGUGAAGCUGACUUGCGAUCAGUCUACCCGAAGUCACAUUAUGCGAUUCCCCAUGCCUGGUGGGUUGGACGUCACAAAAUUGGAAAAUCCUCGACUGGAGCGACAGUUACCUGUUGGUGUUGUCCAGGAGGAAACAGCACCAGAGUACGGUGCUGGUAGUGAAUAUGGAAAGAAGCAGCGAGAAGAAGCGCGGAGGCGCAAACGAGGCAUUUUCCGCAAACCCCAAUCUGCUGAUGACUUCCCCUGGCUGUUGAGAAGUGGGAAGAAGAAGGAUAAGAGUAAAUAUACUGGUCGUAAAGAGGGGGGUGUUCAGCAGUCUGCCUCCUAUUAUCUGUUCCGAGAGGUAGACGGUGACACGUUUGAGGCUGUACCUGUCCAUAGCUGGUACAAUUUCACGCCGAAUGUUAGUUAUGACACUUUAUCAGUGGAAGAGGCCGAGGAACAGUUUGAGAAGCGACACAAGACACUAAAUCACUUUGCUGUUAUGAUGCAGAAGCGCAUGCAAGACACAGCUGAUGGUGAAGACACGAAAACCGUCAGUGAACCGUCUGCUCCUGCUGCAGGCAGUGGCCGCAACGUGAAAACACUCAUGGGAGAUGGCUUGCAGGUGCGUGAGGAUGAAGAUUGGGCGAACUCUGACUCCGACUCCGAAGGCUCCGGUGCUGAGGGUGAGACAAGAGCCAGAAAGCCAAAGGCGAAAGGCAAAGGCAAGAAGAAGAAGAAGGAUGAUGGCAGCGAGGAGUCUGAAGAGGGUGACGAAGACUCUGACGAUGCCGAUCUCAAGCAGUCCAAGGAGGUUGACUACAUGUCUGAUACUUCUUCUGAUGAUGAUGAUGAAGCGGCAGAUGCGGAUUCAGAGCCGAAGGUGGCUAAAAAAAAGGAACAGGACGAAGAGGACUCUGAAUCUCACAGUGAGGUUGGAAGUGAUGAGGAUGAUAGUAGUGAAGAUGACCUUACCAAGAGUGGACGUGAAACUAAGAAGCUGCUGAGUAAAACCCAGGGGACAGAUGGCAGCUCUGAGGAAGAGGAGGAAGACGAGGAAGACUAUGAUGAUCAGCUUGCAAAGAAGAUUGGAGCGCCGAAAGGUGGCUCUAAGGGAGUAAAGGGCGGCAGAGACUCUCCCCGACCAUCAUCCCUCAACUCCACACCCGUGCCCUCACCGGCAGCUGCAGAGAGACGGGGCAAGGCUCCAUCAAAAGGAAAGAGCAAGGCCAAUGCUGGUGGCGGUGACGAGCCUGCAGCCAAGAAAAAGAAGUCUGCCGGUGUGUCUGCCAAUACCAGCUUAGCUGCGGCCUCGGCUGUCAGUGCUGCUGCGGCAGUGUCCGCUGCAGUUGCUGCACAAUCAAAGGGUGGCAAAGAUGAAGUCACCGAGGAAGCAGUAAGGCGCUAUCUGUCUCGCAAGCCCAUGACGACCAAAGACCUUCUGAAGAAGUUCAAGGGCAAGACCGAUAUGGAUGGGGAGCGGCUGGUUAUGGUGCUGGGUGAAAUCCUGCGGAAAAUCAAUCCAGAUCGUGAAAAGGUACGCGACAAAACCCUCCUGUCCAUCAAAUCGAAAUGAAUGCUGUUAGCAGGAGCAACAGCAACAACAACAGCAGUAAGUGCCACAAGCCCAAAAGAUCGACCUGUAUGUAUAUAUGUUGUGGUUUGCUUUCUUUGUACAUGUUCCUGUACAUAAUUCUAUUGAUUGUAUCAUGGAUCAAUUUAGAACAAUUGUUUUUCUUUUGUUUUCCUGUACAUAGGGAUUGUUCCCUGUACCCACAUGACACCCAUAUCUAUGGUCCAAUAGUUGUACAUAUUUGCGCAUUGUUUUUCAAGUUGUGUAUGGUUCCUCUGACUUGCUGAUUUAUAAGUUAUUGUCAAUUUGUCAGACCAGCAAGCUUUCAGUCGAAAAUCUGUAGUUCCCUUUUGCGCCUUUCUUAUCCAAGUUUCACCAUUGACCUUCCGUUUUUAUGCCGUGUUUUCAAAUUUUGAAUUUCGUUCUAUCCUUCAACAGAUGUAGAGCUGGCUUCCUCUGUUUUGAAACUGCAUUGCAGUGAUAUUCCCAUUCGACCCGA